AGAGAGAGAGAGAGCGUGUGGUCAUGGCGAGUGAGGUGCAGGGAAAGUCCGUCCCCAUGGAGGAAGCCUCCUUCGAGAUAGCCAGCGGCCGCGGUCGGGCACGGGACGACUUCGACGACGACGGCCGCGUCAAGCGUACAGGGACGCUGGUGACUGCGAGUGCUCACAUCAUUACCGCCGUCAUCGGCUCCGGGGUGCUCUCGCUGGCCUGGGCCUUGGCUCAGUUAGGGUGGAUCGCUGGUCCGACAGUUCUCUUGAUCUUCUCUCUCAUCACCUGGUUCUGCUCCAGCCUCCUUGCGGAUUGCUAUCGAUCUCCUCAGGGCAAGAGAAACUACAGAUACAAAGAUGCUGUGAGGACGCACCUAGGGGGUGUGAGCUCCAAACUGUGCGCACUGGCUCAGUACGUGAAUCUUGUAGGAGUCACCAUUGGCUAUACCAUCACGACGGCCAUCAGCAUGGGGGCCGUGAAAAGGUCGAACUGCUUCCACAGGAACGGCCACGACGCCGCGUGCGGGGAGUCCAACACCACCAACAUGACCAUCUUCGCGUGCAUACAGAUUGUUCUGUCUCAGAUCCCUAAUUUCCACAAGAUCUGGUGGCUCUCCAUUGUGGCGGCCAUCAUGUCCGUCGCCUACUCCAGUAUCGGCCUCGGCCUCUCCAUUGCCAAAAUAGCAGAAGGGCCUCAUGCGAGGACCAGCCUGACAGGAGUCACGGUGGGGGUGGAUGUCUCGGGGAGCGAGAAGGUCUGGCGAACGUUUCAGGCUCUCGGGGACAUCGCCUUUGCGUAUGCUUACUCCAACGUUCUCAUCGAGAUCCAGGAUACUCUGAGAUCGAGUCCACCGGAAAACCAGGUGAUGAAGAAGGCCACCACCAUCGGGGUCCUCACCACCACCACCUUCUACAUGCUGUGUGGUGUGCUGGGAUAUGCUGCGUUUGGGAACACUGCGCCCGGCAACUUCUUGACAGGAUUCGGCUUCUACGAUCCAUUUUGGCUCGUCGACAUCGGGAAUAUAUGCAUCGUCGUCCAUCUCAUCGGUGCUUUCCAGGUUUUUGCCCAACCAAUUUUCCAAUUCAUCGAGACUUGGAGCCGGAACCGUUGGCCAGAUAAUCGUUUUGUGACAACUGAGCAUGUGAUCAACAUUCCUUUGCUGGGUGAUUGUCCCUUCAGUCUCUUCCGCAUGAUCUGGAGAUCACUUUUCGUCAUCAUCACCGCCGUAGUUGCCAUGAUCUUUCCUUUCUUUAACGAUUUCUUGGGUCUAAUUGGGGCUGUUUCAUUCUGGCCGCUAACCGUGUAUUUUCCGGUGGAGAUGUACAUCGUGCAAGCAAAAAUUCGCAGGUUCUCUGCAACUUGGACAUGGCUGAAGAUCCUGAGCAUUGUCUGCUUGAUAGUGUCACUGGUGGCAGCCUGUGGAUCUGUUCAAGGACUCAUUCAUAGCCUUCAAGACUACAAGCCUUUCAAGAUCUCCUGACAAGGUGGUGGAUCCAGUCAAAUUUCAGCAUGACUUAACACUGGAUACAAAUAGAUUCAUAAAUAAAGAUAGAUUUAAUGAUCACUUUUUCAUGUCAGAGGGCAUGAUGAAGGACAAAUGCAUGUAACUGGGAUAUAAGAAUGUUGUCUUGAAUACUCAUAAUUGUCCCUGGGGACAAAUGACAUGUUCUUUUUGCUCUGUGAUGUAAUAUUCAACUAUUGAAAGUGAAAUAUCCUAAGGAGAUAGAUGUCCUAUAAGGAACAUCAUUUGACUUA